CGCGGGUUCCGCCGCCGCGGGGGCCUGCAGCGCCGGGGCCAGCGCCCGGGAGGCGGCGGGAGCGGCCGCGAUGCUGAGCGCCCGGGCGCAGGCGGCGCUGACCGCGGCCGACCGCGCGCUCCAGCGCCUCCUGCGCACCGGGGCGGCCGUCAGGUAUAAAGUCAUGAAGAAUUGGGGUGUCAUCGGGGGGAUCGCCGCUGCCCUGGCAGCCGGAAUCUAUGUGAUUUGGGGUCCCAUUACAGAACGGAAAAAACGUCGGAAAGGGCUGGUGCCCGGCCUGGUGAACCUGGGGAACACCUGCUUCAUGAACUCGCUCCUGCAAGGCCUGUCCGCCUGCCCCGCCUUCAUCAAGUGGCUGGAGGACUUCACCACCCAGUACAGCCGCGAGCAGACGGAGCCGCCGGCCCAGCAGCAGCAGUACCUGUCCCUGACGCUGCUGCACCUCCUGAAAGCUCUGUCCUGCCAGGAAGUGACUGAUGAGGACGUCCUGGACGCCAGCUGCUUGUUGGACGUCUUAAGAACAUACAGGUGGCAGAUCUCGUCCUUUGAAGAGCAGGACGCCCACGAGCUGUUCCACAUCAUCACGGCCUCCCUGGAAGACGAGCGGGACCGGCAGCCCCAGGUCACGCCCCUGUUUGACGUGCAGGCGCUGGAGCAGCAGUCAGAGGUGACCCCCCGACAGACGACCUGCCACACCAGAGGCACGCCCCACCCCGCGUCCAGCCACUGGAAGUCCCAGCACCCCUUCCACGGAAGACUGACAAGCAACAUGGUCUGCAAACACUGUGAGCACCAGAGUCCUGUUCGAUUUGAUACCUUUGAUAGCCUUUCGCUAAGUAUUCCAGCUGCCACAUGGGGUCACCCCUUGACCCUGGACCACUGCCUUCAUCACUUCAUCUCGUCCGAGUCCGUGCGGGACGUCGUCUGCGACAACUGCACCAAGAUGGAAGCCAGAGGGACCCUGAGCGGGGAGAAGGUCGAGCACCAGAGGACGACGUUCGUCAAACAGCUCAAGCUCGGGAAGCUCCCACAGUGCCUGUGCAUCCACCUGCAGCGGCUGAGCUGGUCCAGCCACGGCACGCCCCUGAAGCGCCACGAGCACGUGCAGUUCAACGAGUUCCUGAUGAUGGACAUCUACAAGUACCGCCUCCUGGGCCGCCGGCCCCGGGCGCACGGCCCCCGGCAGAGCGAGGGCACCGGCCCCACCCUGGAGCUGCAGGGGGCGCCCCCCGCCCCCAAGUCAGUUCUGAACCCGCCCGGGGGCCCCAAGACACAGAUCUUCAUGAAUGGCGCCUGCCCCUCCCCGCCUUCACUGCCCGCCCUGCCAAGCCCGGUGCCCGUCCCUUUGCCAGUGGUGCCCGACUACAGCUCCUCCACGUACCUCUUCCGGCUGAUGGCAGUGGUCGUCCAUCACGGAGACAUGCACUCGGGCCACUUCGUGACCUACCGACGGUCCCCGCCGUCGGCCAAGAACCCCCUGGCCACCAGCAGCCAGUGGCUGUGGGUGUCGGACGACAGCGUCCGCAAGGCCAGCCUGCAGGAGGUCCUGUCGUCCAGCGCCUACCUGCUGUUCUACGAGCGCGUGCUGUCCAAGCUGCAGCCCCAGAGUCGGGAGUACAAGUCGGAAGAGUGACGCG